AUGAAAAGAGGAAGAAAAUUUUCUAAUUCGAUAGAGGAUCAAAAAAAAGCGUUUUCACCAUACAAAAACAUAUUUACAAGUAAUAAUCAUCUCCCUGCAGCAAGUGACCCGGUGUAUACAGAAAUAAAAAGUGUGUUAGCUAACCCGAUUACAGAAAAAGGACUUUAUAUUUCUGUUCAAAAGAAUUUUAAUUAUUUCUUUGACAUCAAGUUAAUUGAAGAACAGAGAAACAGUAACAGCAUACAGGAUGACUAUAGCGACCCUACUCAAGCUCAAGCAAGCAAGUCCAUAAACUUUGAUUUCCUAAUUGAUCUGUACAAAUGGGAAAAACUACAGCCAAUCAGUAAACGAGUUCUAGUGAGGCAUAAUACAAAAUCUGUUCUCAAAAAGAAAUAUAGUUUACCAAAACAUAUGUGGGCUCAUCUAUUACGAGAAGAAAUAUGGAAGGCAAUGAAAACUCCCUGUUCUUGGAUUUUUAAGCAAUAUUCCAUCAAAAACGAAGAUAGAAUUACUUGCCGCGGCUUAUGCAAACAGUGCAAAGCAUCCUUAAAUGUUGUGAUUUCCUGGCCUGUUGAUAAAAUUGCUCGCUGUAUGUGUUCUAUAAGAAAUUGCGAUGCGUCAUUUAUUCAUAUUUCUGACAAAAAGAUAAAAUUAUCACCAGUAAAACGCGUCGACAUGUCUGCUGAACUGAAACAUGAAGCUGCGAUCGCAUAUCGCAAUAAAAUAUCGAAUGAACUUAUGGACACUGGUGACAUUGAACCAUCUCAUAUGCCAACUCUUGGCUGCUUAAGGCAAAUUAAACAUGAACAAAGGCAAAGUUCAUAUUAUGAUUCAAAUCAAGUACUUUCCUUGUGGAUGAUGAAGCUUGUAACGCCGUAUAAAGAAGCCAUUAAGCACAUUUCGCUGUACCCUUUUUACGUGUUUUAUUGGACAAAACUUCAAGAAGCCUGCUGCAAAAAUCUUAAAAAACUAGGUAGAAUAGUUCUUAGUGUUGAUGCCACUGGUAGUAUCUUCAAAGGACUUGGUCCGAAUAAUAAGAUGUUGGUGACAAAACACUUAUUUUUAUACGUAUUAAUAAUUAAAACACUGCAAAACGUAAGUUCCGUUCCAGUUUCACAGAUGGUAUCUGAAAGUCAGACUUUGGACACAAUAUAUCAAUGGCUCCAGGCUUGGCGCAAAUGCAAUCCUGUUCCCGAUGAAGUCAACUUAGAUGACUCUUCCGCUUUAAUUGGAGCAGUAGUGAAAGCUUUUACAAAAUACGAAUCUAUUGCUGAAUAUGUCGAAGAUUCAUACAGAAGGUUAGAGGAUGGAGAAGUUAGUGAUACAUGUUACAUACGAAUAGACACCAGUCAUUUUAUCAAAAUUUUAUUUAAUUUGUCAUGUUUUAAACAUACUGAUACCAGAGUAAAAUUUUUUUACGUUAAAUGCCUGAUCGAGCUAAAAAACUGCGAUGAUUAUGACAAAGCAAAAUACAUAAUAUCAGAUUUAAUUACUGUAUGUUUAAAUCAACAUGAUGGUAUCAUCAACGGUAAAAACGCCACGAGAUGUGAAAAUUCUAAAAGAAAUCUCAAAAAAUUAUGUGCAUUUCAUGUUGAUGAUACUGAAAUCGAAAUCCAAGAUAAUGAUAAAAUAAAUGCAAACAUUGAAGAAUCAAGCUAUUCAAUAUUUGAUGACACUCUAAAAUACAACACAAAACAAAAAUGUCCAAAAUGGAUUUACAAUAAAAUAGACGCUGAAAAAAUUAUAACUACUCUAAGUGAUGAUAAUGAUUGCAGCCACCACGAAAAUUUAUACUACUUUCCGGCAUUCAUUGAUGUAUUACUACGUUUAAUGGGCCAAUUUCCUUUAUGGUCUAAUGUAAUGAAAAAUCUUUACAAUUCUGAUAUCGACAGACCAUCUUCUUCAAACAUAGAAUCCUAUUUCAAAAAUUUGAAAAGGCUAUUGUUUCAAAUCGGCAGUAAGUCACAAAGACUACGCAUAGAUGAAUUUAUAAUUAAGCAUUUAGAAUAUUUUACAGGUGAGUUAUAUAUUGUAAAUAGUAAUAUAGCACAAGCUCAAAGAUAUAAGGUAUCAAAAAAGUCAAUAACGCCCGGACAGAAAACAAAAACAUAUAAAAUGGUUCCGCAAUUCAGAGAUGAUUCUGUUUUCUCGGAUAAUCCAAGUUUAGUAGAAAAUUGGAAAGGUCUGGGUAUGAGUAAAACAGUGUUUGACUUACUGAAGUCAUAUUUAGAGCUACACCAGACUCUGAAACUUGCCCUGAAGUUGACCCUGAAACUUGGCGUAGUAAUAGAAAUAACAUAG